CGCUGCAUGGUCAUUAUGAAGAAACGCGGAAACAACGAGAACAAGGGUAAUAAGAGUCGUCAGAAUGCAAAUAAUGCAACGGAGAAGUGGGAUUCGGGAGAUGUGAGCGAUGACGAUAAUCAAGGCUUUGGAAACUGGCUUCGGUCCAGUACCGGUGUCGAAAUGUUGCGACUCUUUGUAAUCGCGAAUUCGAUUUUGGUCUUUGUGACCAUGGGUUGGCCGAAUAUGAAAGAAUCUUUCUACAUAAUCAGAGAUUACUUCGUAGGAGAAGAGGAUUAAAUUAAUCAACGAAAAAUAACUUAUAAAGAAAGAUACUUAAAAACAGCGUUAUAUAAAUUUAAUCAGUUUUAAAAA